GUUAGUUCAAAAUGAGGGAGGGAAAAAUUUAUUUGAGUCUCUGUGCUGCUAAUUGGUCAAUUCAUAUCUUUCUGAUCUCUGUGAAGGAUGACAUUUAAGUACUGGAUUUAAAUGAUGUAUCUUUGGAGCUCUGAAUCAGUGCAUACAAUGUGCAGUGUCUCAAAAGUGAACUUUUGCCCGCUUUUCAAUCAUCGCAAAUAUAUUUUGUCAUUUGUCGUUUCCAUCCUCUUUGAAGAAACACAACUCUGAUAACGCAACUUUUCUGCAUCCAACAAACAUUCUGAUGGGAUUGGCCAACCGAUAAUGAAGAGUGAGUGAGAUGGAUGAGUAACAGAAUACUGUCCUGCGUGUUGUCCAUGUUGGGAGGGUUGGGUUUUUGGUGAUUAGCCCGGGAGCUGAUCCCUUGGGAGCAGAUGGCGAAUUGUGGCUUACCCCGACUCCUGGAGUCUGAGGAGAUAGUUUGCAUUGAGUAGCACAGCACUCAUGUCUUGGAAGACUGUAACGAUUUCAUGAGAAAGUGUAUAUAGCCGGGCAUGCUCUCUUGUUGACAUCAUGCUCCUCCUGCAAGACUUGCGGUUUGCAGUCAUCGUGCUCCUGCUCCGUGUCAACUGUCUGCACGGCUCCAAUCUGUUUUCCGCAUCCUCCUAUGAGUUCACCGCCUACAGGAUGCAGCAAUACAACCUGUCAAAACAGAAUCGUGGUUGCCGAGGCGCCAUCGUGGUGGCAGAGGCCCGUGCUGCCGAUGAGCCAGUGCUGACCCGCCGCUGUGUCGUCAUGAGGGUGGCGGACUUCACCACCAAAACAUACGCUGAGGCUCGGAGACAAAACGCUGCCGCCGUUCUGAUUCUGCUGCCCCAAAAUAUGACAAGUAUUUUUCCUGAAGAAAUUCAGUCCUUCAUGAUGAGCGAGAGUCAAGCCUUGAUGACGGAGACUCUCAUGCCGGUUUACGUGGCCCCUGAGGAUCAACAGCUGCUCCACAUGUAUGAGGAGGUGAAGAAGGCAGCAUCUGCGCGGACGUCAUCGAUAUUCAUUCGAGUCUUUCGAAGUAUGGUCACAGCAACAGCCUUUCAGAUCUUGGUGACCAACAAUUCCCCAAUCAAGGCCAUAACAGACACGACGCUCGUUACACUGGAAGGGGUGCUUCUUGGAGCUGGUGAGGACAUACCCACCAUUGUGAUCACUGCCCACUAUGAUUCAUAUGGACUGGCACCAUGGUUGUCCUAUGGGGCUGACUCUAAUGGAAGUGGUGUCAUCAUCUUGCUCGAGUUAGCACGCCUCUUCCAGAUGCUUUAUAGUAGCCCAAGCACCAGACCACGAUACCAUUUAAUGUUCUCCCUGACGGGAGGAGGAAAACAAAAUUUCUUCGGCACCAAGAAGUGGAUUGAAGAGAACCUGGAUCACGCUGAAUCAAGCCUCCUACAUGACAACGUGGCAUUUGUGCUGUGUUUGGACACACUGGCCAAUGGUGAUGAGCUGUACACGCACGUGUCCCGUCCACCGAAAUCGGACACUCCCAUGUAUGCAUUCAUUCAACAUUUGGAUGAGGUGGUUUCCUCCAUAUUCCCUUGGAUGAAGACACAAAUGGUCCAUAAGAAGAUCAACCUUAUGGACUCAACGGUCGCCUGGGAGCACGAGCGCUUCAGCCUGCGCAGGAUACCAGCGUUCACUCUGUCUCACCUGGAUGACCCCAAAUCCGAGCUACGGGGCUCCAUGCUUGACACUGCUUCUCGGGUGGACUUCCAGAAAAUUAAGAGGAAUGGUAUCAUCGUAGCAGAAGCCCUGGCUCGGUACAUGUACCAUUUAUCAGACAAGAGCUCGCUGCGAGAUGUUCGGCUCUUCAAAGGCCGCUUGGACUUCCAUGACAGUCGAAUAUUCAGUCUCAUGUCCUUCCUGACUUCAGUCCCUCGUGCCACGCAGCUGAUGGAUAAAGAGCCCGCUCACAUCCUGCUCAUCAACUCGCUGGAGCAUGAAUUCAAACAAUACUUGCAGCAAGUCCACAGGCACACUUUUAGACAGGACAAAAGGGAUCCUGAUAUUACCUUUUUUGAUCAAAUGAGCCAGCCGGUAGUGAUGUACAGGGUGAAACCUGCUGCUUUUGAUCUGUUCCUGGGUGGAUGCAUCACGGCAUAUUUGGGCAUUGUUUACUAUGCAAUACAGAACUUUGACCACGUCUACACAAAACUAAAGGCAGCAGUAAAACCCAAGCGCCACUAAAACGACAGAAUACGGACGAUUUUAGCGGAGGAAAUGUUUCCAUUGUCAUUUAUAGAAAGACACGUUUUGUUUAUCGUUUCAAAUGCCAGACACUCUGCUGUACCAAGGCAAUGGUGAUGUGGGUUUGACAAAGACGAUGAUGUCUGUCAAACAACACUUGGACAAUUGUUGAAUUGAUGGAAUGGAAUAGGCUCCUUGGUGAUUGAUUAUUGAUGUAACUUUGAAACGUACUUUGAAAGCAACUCUCUGAAGGCAAAGAAGACACUCUCCAGCAAAACGGUUCAGUUAGCACGUUAGGUUGUAAUGCUUUGCAUUCAUAAAACCAAAAUGUCUCAGUAAGAGGUUAUUCCACUCAAUGGACAUGCUAGGCACUCAAGGAUAAUCCAUCGAUAUCCAUCACAAGGGCUUCAAAAUUCUUCUUUUCACCAAAUUACCAUGCCUUUUGACUCAUUUUAUUGUGCCGGAUGUUUUGAAUUCAACGUGACUAUUUUAUUUAAAAAAAACACGCAAAUUCAGCUUCACGAUGGAGUCUUAGUUUGACUAAAAUGAAUGCCACAAUAUUAGAAACCACACAAUUAUUAAUAAGUACUUCAGGAAUAAUCAACAAAGCAAUUCUAUUUCAAUAAAUUCGUAUUACGUUUA